AGAAGAAAACAAAACCAGCUCUGGUUUCUUGCCACAAGCCCACCUUUUAAAAAAAAAAUUCCCCUAUAUGGGGAGCACCUCAAGAUCAUCUUCUCCAUCAAUACACUCAAACAUUCACAUUCACAUUCACUACUGAAGAGAAGAAAUCAUAAUCGUGAUGAGUUCAUCAAGUGCAAGCAAGGCUAUUGUGGCAGCAAGUGUUGGAAUUGUGGAGGCAUUGAAGGACCAAGGGAUAUGCAGGUGGAACUCUGCUUUAAGAUCUGUGCACCAGCAAGCCAAAACCCAACUCAGGUCAUUGUCUCAGGCCAACAACAAGCUCUCAUCUUCUUCUGCUUCAGCUGCUUUCAGUAAAGUCAGAGAUGAGAAGCUGAAGAAAUCAGAGGAGUCUUUGAGGACAGUCAUGUACUUGAGCUGCUGGGGUCCCAACUAAUUCAAUCAGCACA